GUCGGAGCCGGGCCCCGUUUCCGGCUGGGAGCGGCGGGCGCAGCCAGCGUGUCCCGCGGCGGCGCCGGGGCCGGGCGAGCGCCAUGGGCCCGGCCCGCCGCAGGGCCGCGCUCCGCCUGCGCGGUGGCGGGUUCUCCGUGUUCCCGUUGUUCUGCCUGGCGCUGCUCCUGGGCUUCGCCUCCCUGCUCUGGCUCCAGCUCAGCUGCUCGGGCGAGGGGCCGGCCCCCGGCGGCGGGCAGAGCUGGGGGGCUCCCCUGCAGCCCUGCCCGCCCCAGGCCCCGCUCCCGCCGGUGGAGGAUGAACCGUCGUGGGGUCCCCAUCGCCUGGCGCUGCUCGUCCCCUUCCGGGAGCGCUUCGAGGAGCUGCUGACCUUUGUGCCCUACAUGCACCGCUUCCUGAGCACCAAGAGGAUCCGGCAUCACAUCUUCAUCCUCAACCAGGUGGAUCAUUUCAGGUUUAACAGAGCAUCCCUGAUCAAUGUGGGCUUCCUGGAGAGUGGCAACGACACUGACUACAUUGCGAUGCAUGAUGUUGAUCUCCUGCCCCUCAAUGAGCAGCUGGACUACAGCUUCCCAGAGGCAGGACCCUUCCACGUGGCAUCCCCGGAGCUGCACCCGCUCUAUCACUAUCAGACCUAUGUGGGUGGUAUCCUGCUGCUCACCAAGCAGCACUACGAGAUGUGCAAUGGCAUGUCCAACCGCUUCUGGGGCUGGGGACGGGAGGAUGAUGAGUUUUAUCGACGUAUCAAAGGAGCUGGUCUCCAGGUUCGCCGUCCCUCUGGAAUCACAACUGGAUAUGAGACUUUCCAGCACCUGCAUGACCCAGCCUGGAGGAAGAGAGACCAGAAGCGUAUCGCUGCACAGAAGCAGGAACAGUUUAAGGUGGAUCGGAAGGGAGGACUGAACAAUGUGAGGUACCGGAUCGAGUCACGGACAGCUCUGAGUGUGGCAGGAGCCCCUUGCACCGUCCUUAAUGUCUUGUUGGACUGUGACACAAACGAGACCCCUUGGUGCACAUUUGGCUGAGCCAGUUGUGUCUCUGUGCUUGAGCCAACAUGUCAGGGCUGCUGCCCAGCUGCUUGGACAAAGCAGGAUCUUUGCAGUGGCUGAUCGUGGCGGUGAGAUGCAGAGGAACAGAAAAGGCCAAGAACCGGGCUUUGCUGGGUCUGACAGAAGAGGCUAAGAGCGGGACUCGGUGGCAUUGCUGCAGACACUGGUGCUGUCUCCCAGGGGAGAUGCAGGAUGCUGUUUUCCUGCUCUGGACAUGGCUGAGCUGCCACCCAGCUCAGAGGACAAUAAAGAACUAUUAGGGCACCUGUGUGUUUUGAGUGCCCUGGGCUGUGCCGUGCUGCUCCUUU